GCGGCAUUAAGACAUGUCAGUAUUCUUCCGCUCGUAACAUUCUCCAAAUCGACAUGACAGCUCUUUAAUUGUAUGAAUUGUAAGCCUUAUAUUUGGAAAUUGAAGCCUUAACUACAAAAAUAUUUUUGUAAUGUAAUUGAAAGUGAUAUUUUAUUCUUAUAUAGCCGAGAGGCUAGCUGUUUGCUAGCAUGCGGUAACAGCAGUGAUGCUAAUAGAGAUUAAUCAGAGACAACGUGGAUACAAAUUACCGCUGUGAAACAACAAACUCUACCUUUUUAUAAAGAUGAAGUGUCACUAUGAUAUUUUGGGUGUUAAACGAGACGCAGGAGACGACGAUCUGAAGAAAGCGUAUCGGAAAUUAGCCUUAAAAUGGCAUCCAGAUAAAAACUUGGACAACGCAGAGGAAGCGGCGGAACAGUUCAAGCUGAUUCAGGCAGCUUAUGACGUUCUGAGUGACCCUCAGGAGAGGGCGUGGUAUGACAAUCACAGAGAUGCUCUGCUGAAGGGAGGACUGAGUGGGGAUUAUGAGGACGACAGCAUUGACCUGUUGCAGUAUUUCACUGUCACCUGCUACUCUGGAUACGGAGAUGAUGAAAAGGGCUUCUACACCGUCUACAGGAAUCUUUUUGAGUCCAUUGUUAAGGAAGAGCUGGAGCACAGCAGGAUGGAAGACGAGGAAGAGGAAGAGGAGUUUCCUUCGUUUGGAGACUCUCAGAGUGAUUACGAUACAGUGGUCCACGAGUUUUACGCCCACUGGCAGAGCUUCUGCACUCGUAAGAACUUUGCCUGGAAAGAAGAAUAUGACACGAGGCAGGCCUCCAACCGGUGGGAGAAACGGGCCAUGGAGAAGGAGAACAAGAAGACCAGAGAAAAGGCCAGGAAGGAGCGAAACGACCUGGUGCGGCAGCUGGUUGCCUUCGUCCGCAAGCGGGACCGGCGGGUGCAGGCCCACAGAAAGCUGGUGGAGGAGCAGAACGCCGAGAAGAUCAAGAAGGUGGAGGAGCAGAGGCGGCAGCAGAAACUCCAACAAGCAAAACUGGCCGAGGAGUACAAGGAGCAGAGCUGGGCGGCUAUGUCGGAGCUGGAGAAGGAGCUGCAGCAGAUUGAAGCGGAGUACGGAGAGGAGUUUGGAGAUGUGUCUGAGAGUGAAGAAGAUGAGGUGGACAUGCAGGAGAACACUGGAGGAGCAGGAGAUGCGGAUCAGCCAAACGGCGACGACCUGACGCUCGAUGAGUAUGAUGAUCUGUACUGCCCGGCCUGUGAUAAAUCAUUCAAAUCGGAUAAAGCUAUGAAGAACCAUGAAAAGUCCAAAAAGCACAGAGAGAUGGUGGUGCUGCUACGGCAACAGCUGGAGGAAGAGGAGGACUCGCUGGCUUUGAACGAAGACGGAGCCAAGGACGGAGAAAAUGAAAACGACCUAGAAGAGGAGGAAGAGGAGGAGGAAGAAAAGCCAAGACAAAGGCUUUCCAAAAAGCAAAAGAGAAAAAAGAAGCAGCAGAAAGUCGUGGAGCAUAACCCCCUAGAGGAGGAGGAGGAGGAGGUGAAGGAAGAGGAGAAACCAGCAGCACCCACCUCCUGCAAGGAAGAUGCUGCUGAGAAACAGGCUGACACUGCAGAGCCGGAGACACCGGAUAACCUCCCUCCCACUGAGGUCAAGGGCAGUUCUGGUAAAACGAAGGGAAAAAAGGGCGGAGGAAAAGACAGAAUGAGGACUGCAAAGCCCCAAAAUGCUGAUCAAGUUCCUGAGAAAGAAUUAAACCUCCGCUGUGUCACCUGCAACAAUGAGUUUUCCACUAGAAACAAGCUGUUUGAUCACCUGAAGACGAGCGGCCAUGCCACCGCGCUGUCCGCCAACGGCCAACAGACCUCUGCCAGCAAGAGCAAGAAAGACAAGAAGAAGAACAGAUAACACAGCCUGGAACUCGGGCGGAAACAGUCAGAAAGACAGAGGGGUUCAGAAACACCAAACCUAAAGACUGAGCACAUGUACCUUUUGAAAAGGUUAGAGUUAUAACCAAUUUUACCAGGACAGAUGCUUGAGAGUUUGGCUAUUAAAAAUGAAAAGAAAAAAAACAUUUUAAAGCCCUUUUUUUGUAAAUGAUCAAAGUUUGCCAAGUUCUGAAGAUAAGAAAGCUCCAAGAUGUUCUGAAUCUGUUCUGGUAUUAAUAAAAAAGGAUAGAAGUUUUGAAUCAAAGAAAGUAAAAAAUGUUGCAUUCAGUAACACUUUCACAUCAGAGAAAUUCAUUAAAAACAGAAUAAAACUAUAAAAUGUAAAAACAAACUAAAAUCUAUUAAUUAUGAAACACAAUAAAACCAUAAAAAUAAAAUUCAAUAAGUAGGAUACUGGAUGUUUGUGUUAGUGAAACCCUUUGAUUCAUUUAGAUCAGGAAUGACCUCUAAUGGGAAAAAAACAAAACAUUUUUAUUAAAAUUUGCAGUUUAAAAAAAAAAAAAAAUCAAGUAAAUUUAUGUUUAUUCAGUCUCUAAGGUGAUGCUUCAAUGUGUGCCAAGCAUCACCUUUGUGUAGAGAUUCAUUGACUAGCUGAUGAAAAGCUUGAGUUUUUGUGAAAUUAAAGUCAUUCGUGGAAGACGUUCAAAGGCAAGGUCACAGCGCUGACAGGUGUGAAACCAAGAAUGCCGCUAUUUUGUGAAUCACCGAGAUGUCUGUAUCCAACAGAAUUUUUUAUGUUUCAUUGCUACUAUAGUUUGACCUUUUAAUUCUGCAUCUUCCACUUGAACGUCUACCUUCUUUAUUCUUUCAUUUGGAGUUACGGGUCGCCACAAUAAAACCACAACACAUAAUUUGUUA